AUGAACGUGGACAGGCUCUUUGAGAAGCGCGGCUCGGACGAGUUCGACGACAGCCAGGCAAAAAGGCCAGCACACAGUCGUGAGGAGCGUGUGCUCGAAUUUUUGGAACGCGAUGAUGCGGUUGGGCCACAGAAAAAUGUGGAGUACAACGAACAGUGGGUCAAGAAUAGUCUUACCAAACUCGGUGAGCUUGUGACGUCCAACCUUCAGAUGCGCGAAAAGCACUCUUCGGACCCGACCAAGCUGAUGGACAGCGAGUUCGAGUUAUUUCAGGGGCUCAAGGCCUGGUCUGAAAUUAGUAUCGCUCUGGCGGAAGCACAAGAUUACCCGCAGUGUUACGCAGCAUUGGUAGCGAGUCCUGUUUUUGCAGAAGUCGUGCGACUUCUUGCCAGCCAUCCUAAUAUUGACGUGCGUGAACAGGUUCUUCUGAUUUUGGUGGACUUGGUGGAAGAAGAGCGGGACGAGUGUCGUUCUGUGCUAGGCCAGUUUUUUACGAAUUGCAAGAUCGGAGACUUGCUCGGCAAGUUUCUUGGAGGGCUGGACUCAAUUGCGGACAGACAGUUAAGUGAGCAAUAUUCCACGCUAUGUUUGGGGUUUGCGAUAACCUUAUCUGAGUUCGAAAAUGUGACGCUGACUACUCGCACUGAACUGAACGAUAAAGUUCUGGAAAUAAUUGAAUCCACGAAACAGCAGAUCGACCAAACCAGCCAGUAUGCGAUGGAGUAUCUCCAAGAGCUGCUAGUGGGACGUGGGCAGUCCGAAAUCGAAAGCUUUGAGAAAGAAAACGACGCGGAUCUAGUUGAGACUCUGAUGGUGGCGUGGUCGAAACUUCGUAAAGUGCCUAUAUCAGGAACUGAGACGACCGAGUUCAAGGAAAAUUGUAUACUAGUGCUGUCCUACAUUUUGCGUUUUGACGCCUACAAGGCGCGGUUUCUGGAGAACGAUGGACUCGAGCUGGCGAUGCUGUUCGUCAAUAGCGAGAUCUCCAAGCACCAUAUCAACGCCGGUCUCAAAAUAUUAGCGUCUGUGAUAGACGAGCAGGCAGGAGCGCUGGUGGUGGAGAUGGGCGUUUUAAAGCCACUGCUCAAACAUUUAGAGACGAAAGUCCCGAAAGAAAACUCUUGCUCCCCUCAUGUCCUGAGACUGCUUUCUCAGCUCUAUAAAUUUCUGCCGUUUCGGUCUGAUGCGCGGAUCAGGGUCACCAAUAAACUGAUACACAAGGACUUUGCCGGUUUGAAGAAAGUGCUCAGGCUGUGGAAACUGUUAGAGGCAGACGAUAGCGACAACGAGCUCGUUCUUGAGAGCCUGGCCCUGACUAACACGGUGCUGUUAUGGGCUUUUAAUGAGAGUCUGGUGACUUCGGCAGGCGCACAACGCCUGCUGGCUGAUCAUGAUAUCGAGCCUGGCCAGUUCAUUCAGGCCGUAGACCUCGAUAUAGAAACGGCGUCGGACGACGAAGAACGCGAGCUGCUCUCGUCUCUAAGAGACUCCGUGGAUGCCAAGCUGAAAAAUGGCAGAAGCGAAAAAUAA